AUGGAUGAGGACCCUCAAAGAGGUGGUGCCAAGGAAGGCGGCGAUCAUGUCAAAUACCGCGGCGUGCGGAGGAGGCCGUGGGGCAAGUUUGCGGCAGAGAUUCGGGACUCCAAUAGGCAUGGGGCGCGCGUGUGGCUUGGGACUUUUAACACUGCAGAGGAGGCUGCUAGAGCUUAUGAUCGAGCCGCUUAUGCCAUGAGGGGUUCUUUAGCCAUUCUGAACUUUCCAAACGAGUACGCUUUAGGGAGUGGUGGUGCUUCUGCUUCUUCGUCUUCGCCUUCUUCCUCGAGGCGUACUGGGAAUGCGGAAGAGAGAACUGGAAGUAGUGGGCAUGGACAGCAUGUUUUUGAGUUUGAGUACUUGGACGACAAGGUGAUGGAGGAGCUUCUUGAAUCCGAAGAGAAAAAGAACAAGAAAUGAAAUGAAGAGCUAGCUGGGUGCAUGAUGUUUUUCUUUUCCAGUAGUGGCAAAUUUCAUCCUUUUCUUUUCCUUCCAUUUUCAAACCAAUGAUACGACAAAGGAAUCGAGAGGGAGAAAACUAGUGAAUUCUCUUUCAAGAGAGGGGUGCUUCCUAACUGACCGUACUGCCCUUUGUUGAAACAAUGUAUAUCUAGAUAAAAUUGAAACAGAGAGGUAAG